AGCUAUCGGGAGCCGUCAUGGCUACGUCUUGCGCUUAUAUGUAUGUCGUGCGUUUCUGCCUUUCUCUCUCCGUCUCUCUCUCUCUCUCUCUCUCUGUGUGUGUGUGUGUGUGUAUUGAUGCAAUUGAUCAAGACGAAGAUACAAGUCUCGAGAUCCGAGGGAAGUAUGAGCAUGUAGAAAGGGGCUCCAACGACACAAACUUAGAGCAGGAGAGGAGCGGCACAGAUUUAUCUGUCUUCUUGCUCUUCAUCUACACCAGACCCGCAGGCCAAGCACGGCCGGCACAGCCAUGAGGAUGCGCUCCCCCUUGAUUCACUCUGCUUUGCUUUGCUUUGCUGGCUCUGCAUGGCAGCAUCUGAGGCUGAAUCGGGCAGCCUACCCUGCCUGCCCCGUUACGAUGCAGGCAGCACACUUAUGCAAGUGAUGGACGGUUGAGAGGGAUCGCAAUAAUCGGCGACCACCAUGUAAGCUGCCUUUUUAGUUCCCC